CCUCGCGAGAUGACGCGUAUAUGCGUCACUCUGCGCAGGGCUGCCGCCUCCGGACCGCACAUCUGCGUUAGGCGGUCCGGAGGCGGUUAAAGAAAUAUUCAACCUGGUGGUAAAGAAGUGGGGUCUUCCAUCAAUAGACCUAUUUGCUUCCAAACUAAACACAAAAGUCCCAUUGUUUUUCUCCCUGAAUCCAAGGGACAAUCCUUGGGCAUUAGAUGCGUUUUCUCAGGUCUGGAACUGGAAUCUCGCUUAUGCCUUUCCCACAUUCCAGCUAAUACCCCGGGGUUCUAUAGAAAGCCAUGCAGGAGUCUGCAAAACUAAUACUAAUAACUCCAUUCGGGCCCAAGAGGAGUUGGUUCUCCAUACUAAUGAAGCUAUCUCCACAGGAACCCUUAACUCUUCCACUCAGGAAAGAUACCUGGGUCCAGGGCCUGAUCUCACAUCCAGAACUCUUCAAACUAACAGCAUGGAUCCUGAAUCUGACAUCCUAAGACGCAAGGGUCUCUCUGAAAAGGUAAUAUCUACUCUCAAGGCAAGUAGAAAAAAAGUUACUGGUGCCAUUUACCUCAAAAUAUGGAAGAAGUUCUGUACCUGGUGUGGAGAAGAUGCACCUACCUAUUCAGAGCCCAAUAUCCUGAAGAUCCUAGAUUUUCUAGGGGUCUAGAACUAGGCCUCAGACCUUCUACCCUGAAAGUUCAGAUCUCAGCCUUAAGUGCUUUCUUUGACAGUUAACUGGCCAAUCAUAGGUGGAUCAGGAGAUUUAUUAGAUCUGCAUGUAGACUAAGACCUUCAAUCAGACCCCGGCGGCUACUUCCACUGGCUAGAUCGGGAUGUUGGGGCCAGCGCAUGCGCAAUAAACGCUUGGAUGCCGAUGGCCCCAGGCACGGCAUUUCACACUGAAGGGAGGCAGUAAUAGGAAGAACCUAGGGCCAGCCUGAGUGUUUAAAGGGGAGGGGUUUCAUAUGAAUAGCGAAGAGGGGCCUGGGCACCGGCCGCUUGAACGCCACCCCUGGGCACCUUCAGACCUAAUUUGAAUAUUGGAGUAAAGUGUUUUUUUAAGGAAAUAAGCGACGGACAGCUAAACAGUAAGUAGCAUUCACAUCUAGGUACUAUAAUGCUGAGAAUGGUGGUAGUGUUCAAAAACGGUCAGUAUAGGUGAAAGACUCCCUUUGAUGUUGGUAGGUCUCUCAUAUGUGCAGUCAUGGAGGUGAAAUAGGAAACCUGAAUUAGACUUACCGGAAAUUCAACCCCAAAAACAUAUAUAUGUAUAUAUAUAUAUAUAUAUAUAUGUGUGUGUUUAUUUUGCAUGUUACACUUAUAGUGGGUCGGAGCACUGUAAUCUGGAACUCACUGGUGUAUGGUGGUGGGAGGGAUCAAUUUAACCUUUCUCUGUUCCUGCCCCUACAGAGGUCACGGGUCAAUCUCUCAUGUGUGCUGUCAUGGUGGAUUCAUGGAAACUGAAUUACCGAACAAACAGGAACUUACAAACGAAGACAGGAAACAAGGGAGUGUCAUGUGACAGUCACGUGAGCGCUACUCCUCACCAUUUCUGAAGGCUGAUGUGCAAGUUGGAGAAAGUCUCAAGAAAAGGAUGUCUUCGCCUUGUCCUUCGGUUUGCAGUCGAAGUACCCCCUCCUUUCACAUGCAGGGACACUCCGACACUGAAUCCUCUGCUGGCGAGGAAUUGCGUUUUUCUCCUGAACCAAUGGAGUCAACACAGGAGGGUACACAUUCAAUAGAAAAUCCGCGAAGUAGACAUCAUAACGACGAUGAUGACCCAAACAGUCAAAUUGAAAAUCCAUCACCUGUUCAAAAAAGAACUUCCAGGCGUGGUGGUCGCGGACAACGUGGUCGUGGCAGUCGUGGUGGACGUGUAGGCCGUCUGAAAUCAUAUCAACACGCUGGAGGUCAAUACGCGAUAGGUUUAUGCGUGACCUCAAUCAUGAACGAACGGCGCCAAGUGGUUCGGGUACUUCUCGGAGGAAACCUUACCAAUAUGCACCACAUCUUCAAUUUCUUCAACGUUGUUUUCAGCAGCGCAUGACUCAUUCAAGCACACUCCCUCCUGAAGCAGAACCUGUUGAACAUGAGGACUCAACCGAACAAUUGUCUGGACGAUCUACCGAUCAAACUUCAUUACCAUCUCAGUCACAGGAUUCUGCUCUGGAGUCGCGCGGCCGGCAAACUGAGACAUGUGCUCAGAUUGAAGAUACUCGACAGUUCAUUUCUUCUGCCUUUGACAGAGUUUUAAGUAGGCCGAGGCCACUUCGAAGACCACAUAGAGUCUUUGAGGAUCUUGCACUGAUCUUCCGAGAUUGUUUAUUAAAAAUAGAGGAGGAGCAAACUCGGUAUAAGCAAGAGUUAACUUCCAUGAUCAAUCAUGUCAAGGUAGUUUGUCGUCCAGAACCCCUUAACCAUAAUCAGCAGUUUCUCUUAACGUUAAGUCAUUGGAUGGACAACAUGACUCCAGAGCAGAAUUGUGAUUGUCGAGUGACAUUGAUCAAAACUGUUUGGAAUAUUAAACACGCACCAUCCUCUAAUUUUGUUCCUCUGGCUCAGUCGUAUCCACCAGCCACCUCCUACCCAACAUGCAUGACUUCUCCACCUGCUCACUCAUACUCUGAGCCACAUAUCGCUCCCCAGUCACAAAACUUUCAACAGUCACAAAACUUUCAACAGUCACAAAACUUUCAACAGUCACAAAACUUUCAACAGUCACAAAACUUAGCCCUAUCCCAAAACUUUAGCCACUCCCAAAACUUUCCCCCAUCCAAAACUUUACCUACGUACCACAACUUCCCACAGGCCCAAAACGUAGGCACUGCACAAAACUUUCCAGCUUUACAGAACUUUCCAUCAACAUCCCACAUCUUUAUUCCAUCCCAAAGCCAUCCACCGUCCCAAAGACAACCUACGUCCCACCAAUACCCAACGGCUCACACAUUUCCACCUUCUCAAAGCCAUAGCACAUCCGUCAGAUAUCAACCUGCAUCAACCUUUCAAGAGACUUUAAGCCAAUCUCAAUCACAGCUACCUUCCUAUGUCUCUGCACAAACACCUUUCCAAUCCAACAACACUGGAAGUUCCCAAACACGUCUACAGACACCAAGUCCAGAUGUGAUUUCUAUGUCAACUCAAAAUAAAAUCUCCAUAAACUAAGGUGUUUCCACCUCCGUUUUUCCCACUCCAACCACUUUUACUACCCCUUUCUCAAACAAAUCUGUUCCAUACCAAUCUGAUACUGAUUCAUAUUCCCUUCAUACCCCACAACAUCAACAACAGGGUGAAUAUGUUAGACCACAACAUUCGUUCAUGCAAUCACUUCUAGACCAAAGUGCAGAAGAUGCUGGGUCCCCAACUGCAGCCCCAGGAAAGGCUCCAUUCACUCAACCACCACCCUAGUUAACAAAAUAUAUAUUAUGUUUUAAAGUUUAUAAAUGAGUACCUCACAAGGUUUAUAUUGACCACUGUGUCAAUUUGUUGAAGUUUAUAAAUAAGUACCUCACAAGGUUUAUAUUGACCGCUGUGUCAAUUUUUGCACUUUAACCUCUUAAGGACAUAGGGCGUACCUUGUGCCCUGGUACUUAAGGACACAGGGCGUACAUGUACGCCCUG